ACUCUUGUUGCCAACUUCUUUUGGGUGGCGCUAACUUCGCUUUGAUGUCCAUGGACGUCGCUGGAUUCUGGGUAAGGCUUACGGCCUUACUCUCGGUUUUCGACACAAACAAAAGAGCGAACUCGGGCCCAUCACUUGACACCCGGUUCCGGCUGUUCACGCGCCAGAACCCCCACAAGCCUUACUUCUUGGUCGCCGCAGAGCGCGACAGCAUCCUGAACUCCACGUUCAGCGCAAAAUGGGACACCAAGAUAUACAUCCAUGGAUACCUCAACAGCGGGAAGCUACUCGCACCAGAAAUGGAGCUGAAGGACCGGUUCCUUGUUCGUGGCGACUACAAUAUUAUCAUGGUGGACUGGGGCCGCAAGUCUCAAGACCUGUACGGCCGCGUGGUGAACCUGGUUGUUCCUGAAGUGGGACAGCAGCUGGCAGCCUUCAUCCGUGUCGUGCAGAACGUGACAGGGGCUAGCUGGAACAGCUUUCACCUGAUUGGCUGCAGCAUAGGAGCCCACGUCGCUGGCUUUGCGGGGAAGUACCUCAACGGUCAAAUCGGACGUAUAACUGGUCUGGACCCCGCCUCUCCACGCUACAAGAAUCUGCCUCCGCAAAAAAGGCUGUCACGGACAGAUGCCCAAUUCGUGGAUGUCAUUCACACAGACAUCUACGGCGUGGUGCCCUUCGGGGCUUCGCCGGUCUGGAUUAUGCCGUACAUUGAGCUGAAAGUCGCCUCGCCUAAUGCCACUCCUCGCAUUAGUAAAUCAGGACUGAAGGAGCCGAUCGGCCACAUCGACUUCUUUCCCAACGGCGGUGACAGGCAGCCAAACUGCUCCAGGGCGGAUCUUCUGUGCGAACACUUGCGUUCGUACGACUACUACAUGGAGACGAUUGCGACGGCCGCACCUUGCGCCAUGGUGGGCUUCGUGUGUACGGACUGGCCAUCCUUUGUGGCUGGUCGCUGCACCGACUGCGGGGCGCGCAACGACCGCUGCCUGCGGUUCGGAGAGCCCGCGGUGCAACACCGGGAGCUGAGUGACGCUUCGCGCUCGCUGCUCGUCUACCUGCGCACUGCCGGGUACUACCCGUACUGCGUGUACCACUACGAGGUGAGGUUGGAGGUGAUUGCUGAUGUGGCCAGGCGGUAUAGCCUGCACAACUCGUCGCUGACAGUCACGCUGGGACCGAAAGUACAGCUGCACGUACCUCUCGUCGUUGAUGCGUAA